AUUAGGUUAGAUGAUAAAAAUUAAUGUGGCGAAAAGUAAUCAAUAUUCUAUAAUUAUUUUUAGAUACAUGUAUUAAUUCAAUAGGUAGUCUAAAAGUAAUUAUAUGUUGCAAAUUUAGUUAACUCUAGUUAUUAUUGAUGCAUGAUGAUAGAAACUAUUGAAUUAAAAAAAGAUUUUCUUACUUUUUCAUCAACAAAUUUUGGAGCUGAACCUGAAACAAAAAAGAAAAAAUUGAAUAAUGAUGACAAGUAAGACUUGAUGCAUAUAUUUAGAUUCUUAUUAUACGGUUGAUGGAUUAUUAAACAAUAGUUAAAAUGCUAUGAAAUUCAUUGAGGAAGAUUAUUUAAAAAAUAAUCAAUAAUCUUUAUUCAUAAUAUAAAAUAUUUAUGAUAGUUUUUGGACCUAAUUAUAGAAUAAACAGUGAAUUUUCAGUUUGAUACAUAUAUACCUCAUUAUUAGAAAACGUUUAAAGGCAUUAGAGCUACAGCAUAUUAGUUACUUAGCAUUUAAGAUGAAUUGAUAAAAAAUAUUAAAUUAGAGCUAAAAAAAAUAAGAUUUGCUUGUAAGUUUCAUUUUUAAGCAACUCUGAAAAUUUAUUUACUGGAUUAAAAAUUAUAUAAUUUGGAAUCUAAUAAUCAAAACAAAAGCUUAAAGUAGGAUUAAAUAUAAUCUUUUAAGCGACAAUAUUUUGGAGAUAAGAGGAUUACGCAAGAUUAUUACAAAUGUUUAGAGAUUAAAAUAAAAAUUUGUGGAAGGAAUAAUUUAGAGUUAUUAUAAGAAAUUUUAUAUUUCUUUGGAAGAGAAAAGCAAAUUCUUGAUAGUAAUUAGAAAAUCUUAUCAAUUAAUCUAGGAAUUUCUCUAACGUGUUCUUUUGUGAGGGUAGAGGAUGUUUCAUGUUUAAUUUGGAUAUGA